AUGGAUGGGCCAUCACCUCGAGACCCCCACACUGCCGCCGCUUCUGAUUCUUCUUCUCCCGCUCUUCCCCAGAAACACCACUUCCUGACCCACGGGAGGCCAAGGUUGGACAGACAGCCUCAGCAGUCCGGGGAAAGACGCAGACGUCAGGUCCCGUGCAACUAUUCCACCCAUCGCACCGCAUCGACGACAGCAACCCUCAAGAAGACCCCUCGACAGACCCCUCUUCGUCGCGGUCCUUCCCACCAAACCCCGUGCGGAUUACGACUCUGCUUAUUCUUUAGCCUUACCAGGAAACCGCAUUAUUUUACUGAAGAGGCCUUCUCCGACGCGCAGCGGCAUCUGGCGGGCUUGCUCUUGUUUUUUGCCUCCUUUGUUUGA